AAUUAAUCCCGGCCGUUGUGCUGCUGGUGCUUCCUCGCCGCCGCCACUACCAUCAUCUUCAUCCUUCGGGGGGUCUCCUCCUCCUGCUGCCUCCUCACCGCCGCCAUCAGCCUCUUCCUCCUCGGCGCCGUCCUCCUCCUCCUCAUCGCCACAAGGAGGCGGGCGAAGGAGGGGAGAGGAGGAGGAAAAAAGAAAAAAAGAUCACCGUCCUCUAGCAGCAGCUCCUUCCCCCUCCAACACCACCCUGCGAAAAAAUACCCACCGCCAGCGACAGGGCCGGGGGGGAGGCGGCGGGGAGAGCGGCCAGGCGUGCGCGGGGUCCCCAGCUCCACUCGCUUCUUCCUCGCCCGUCGCUAAUGGCUGCAGAAAGGGGAGCUGUAAGGAUGAGGAGGGUGAGGAUAAGUCCCAGGAGUCUCCGCUUCACAUCUUGUUGUGCAGGGAAGGAGGAGGGGUUGUUGUCCUGAUGGAGGCAGCACCGAUCGCGGGAUGGGAAGGUGGGGGGCGGGUUUCAACACCCUCUGUGCGCACCCCCCCCCCCCCCGCCUUCUCCUCUUCUUUCCCCUUCCUCUUUCUCUCGCUCUCAGUAGCAAGCUGCCCCCCCCCCUCCGGCGCAGGCAGAGGGGCCGAUCCCACAGCAGCGGCAGGAGGAGGAGGAGGAAGAAGCCGGCCCCUCCCCCCCUCUCUGCCUACCUUCCCCCCUCCCGGGCAGCCGAGGAUGGUUGCGAGCGCUGGCGCCGGGCAGGGAGGGGACUGCUCGGCUGUCUCCGCUUCCGCGGACCCACGAGCUAUGCGGGGCGCGGAAGCGAGGGAGAAAAAAAACCCUCGGCCGCUGCUCGGGCGCGGCGGGGACUCCCUCUUCGCCUCUGCGAGGGUGGGGAAGGAAGCGAAGAGGGUGGUUGCCUGUGUCUGGCAGGUAGUUCCUCCUGCUCUCCCGCUGCCUCCCACCACUGCAGCUCUCUGCCCGCACAGCACCGCUCCCGGGGAGCGAAGGAGGAAUAACCCCCUUCUCCAUGCCAGCGGGGAGAUCUACACGUGGAGGGUCCUUCCUGGCACAGGCUACUACAUUCUUCUAUAUGCUGAACUACAAUGUGGUUUGUUUGAUGUCUGCAAUAAAAAUGCCAAGAGGGAAAAAGUAACUUUUAUUUCUGAUUUAUUAAUUUUCAUCCUUCAAGAUAUAAAGUGA